AUGUUGUCAGCAACAAUUCACUCAAAAUUAUUCUCAAUUGUUCCAACAAAAUCGAUUCCGUGUUUGUUAAAAUCCAACAUAAACCCUAGAGAAAUCUCUAAAAUCUGCUGGGAUGGCACUCUCAGUCUCCGACUUACCUGCGAUUCCGAGAACAUGCCGGGGUUCUGUUCUUGUCUAAUGGAAGUGAUAACUGCAAAGGACUUGGCAUCUCAGACUGAUGUUCGUUUAAUGGCAUCAUUGUAUUUCAAGAACAGUAUCAAUCGGUACUGGAGAAACAAGCGUGACUCAUCGGGUAUUACCAAUGAGGAGAAGUCACAUUUGAGGCAAAAGUUGUUGUCUCACUUGAGAGAGGAGAACUAUCAGAUUUCUCUUACCUUGGCUGUUUUAAUCUCCAAAAUAGCUCGCAUUGACUAUCCUAAAGAAUGGCCGGAGCUCUUUUCUGUUUUAGCUCAACAACUUCAAUCAUCAGAUGUUCUUACUUCACACAGAAUCUUUAUGAUUCUUUUCCGAACAUUAAAGGAGUUAUCCACCAAACGUCUUGCAUCAGAUCAAAAGAACUUUGCUGAGAUAACAUCCCAGUUUUUUGAGUACAGCUGGCAUCUUUGGCAAACUGAUAUGAAGACCAUACUAAAUGGCUUCUCUUCCCUUACUCAAAUCACAAACUCAAAUGCUUCUGAAAAUCAUCAAGAUGAACUUUAUUUAACAUGUGAAAGAUGGUUUCUGUGCUCAAAGAUAAUCCGUCAGUUGAUAGUUUCAGGGUUUCCAAGCGAUGAAAAAUCUUUACAGGAGGUUCGGCCAGUCAAGGAGGUCUGUCCUUUGCUGUUAAAAGCAAUCCAAUCUCUCCUUCCAUACUAUUCAUCUUUUGGGGAACACCAUUUGAAACUUUUUGAAUUUAUAAAAAGGGCUUGCACGAAAGUGAUGAAGAUUUUAAUUGCAAUUCAGACAAGGCAUCCGUAUUCUUUUGGUGACCAAAAUGUCCUCCCAUUAGUCAUGGAUUUCUGUUUAAAUAAAAUAACAGAUCCUGAACCAGAGAUAAUGUCAUUUGAUCAGUUUCUUAUUCAAUGCAUGUCAAUGGCAAAAAUUGUUCUUGAAUGCAAGGAAUACAAACCAAUCAUGACUGGACGUGUGGUAGAUGAGAAUGUAGUAACCCUUGAGCAAAGAAAGAAAAACAUUUCUGGAGCUGUUGCAGGGGUACUUUCGUCUCUUUUGCCCAAUGAAAGAGUUGUACUCUUGUGUAAUGUAUUGAUAAGAAGGUACUUUGUAUUAACAUCAAAUGAUUUGGAGGAGUGGCAUCAAAACCCUGAGUCUUUCCACCAUGAACAGGAUGCAGUUCUUUGGUCUGAGAAACUAAGGCCAUGUGCUGAAGCUUUAUACAUUGUUUUAUUUCACAAUCAUAGCCAACUGUUAGGACCUGUUGUUGUUUCAAUUCUUCAAGAGGCAAUGAGUGGUUGUCCUCCUUCAGUAACUGAUAUGACUUCAGGGUUGCUUUUAAAAGAUGCUGCUUAUGGUGCAGCUGCAUAUAUUUAUUAUGAGCUGUCUAAUUAUCUCAGCUUUAAGGAUUGGUUUGACAAUGCUUUAUCAUUGGAACUCACAAAUGAUCAUCCCAACAUGCGGAUUAUACAUAGGAAAGUUGCACUUAUUCUUGGUCAAUGGGUUUCUGAGAUUAAAGAUGACACCAAACGACCAGUCUAUUGUGCUCUCAUCAGGUUGCUACAGGACAGAGACUUAUGUGUCAGGCUGGCAGCAUCUCGUUCAUUAUAUUUCCAUAUUGAAGAUGCUGCUUUUUCACAGCAAGAAUUUUCUGAUCUCCUCCCAGUUUGUUGGAAACUGUCUUUUAAGUUGAUUGAGGAUGUUCAAGAGUUUGACUCCAAGGUUCAAGUGUUGAACACAAUCUCUGUGUUGAUUGCUUAUGUUGGUGACAUCAUCCCAUACGCCCUUGAAUUGGUUCAAUUUUUUCAAAAGUCUUGGGAGGAAUCUUCUGGUGAAAGCCUUCUACAGAUUCAGCUUCUAAAUGCUCUGAAGAACUUUGUAGUUGCACUUGGGUACAAAUCCCCUAUGUGCUACAAUGUUCUACUCCCUGUUUUAGUUAGUGGACUUAAUCUUAAUAGCCCAGAUGAACUUCUUGAAGACAGUAUGCAGCUAUGGGAAGCUACAAUUUCCAAUGCCCCUUCAAUGGUCCCACAACUCCUGGCAUACUUCCCAUCUCUAGUGGAUAUACUUGAAAGAAGUUUUGAUCACUUAAAGGUUGCUGCAUCUAUCAUCGAAGGAUACAUAAUUUUAGGUGGGACAGAAUUUCUGAGUUUGCAUGCUUCAAGUGUUGCUAAGCUUUUCGAUCUUGUUGUUGGAAAUGUGAAUGAUAAAGGCUUACUUUCUAUAUUACCUGUCAUUGAUGUUUUAAUUCAGUGUUCUCCUUCUGAUGGGCCACAGCUGAUCAGUAGUACCCUUCAGAAAAUGAUGGUGAUAUGCUUAACUGGAGAUGAUCGAGUGCCUACAAGUACAGCUGUAAAGGCAUCUUCAGCUGCUAUUCUUGCAAGAAUUUUGGUGACAAAUACAAAUUUUGUAGGGCAAUUAGGAUCAGAGCCUUCACUUUUGAUGUUGCUUCAGAAUGCUGGUUUCCCUGUUGGGGAGAAUAUUCUUUUAUGUCUUGUUGAUGUAUGGCUUGACAAGGUUGACAAUGUAAAUUAUAUUCAGAAAAAGACAUUUGGAUUUGCGCUUUCUAUAAUUCUAACAUUAAGGUUGCCUCAAGUACUUGAUAAAUUAGAUCAAAUACUAAGUGUAUGUACAAGUGUCAUAUUGGGUGGAAGUGAAGACGCAGCUGAAGAUGAAUCCAGCAGUGAUAGUAUGAGCUCUAGCAGACCUCAAUUCCCAAGUAAAGAAUUCAGGAGGAGACAACAGAUGAAAAUUGCAGACCCUAUAAAUCAGUUGUCACUUGAGAAUUCAGUGAGGGAGAAUCUCCAAACAUGUGCUAGUCUACAUGGGGACGCCUUCAACACUGCCAUGGCUAGAAUGCAUCCUGCAGCAUUAGCCCAACUGAAACAGGCUCUUAAAAUGACAUAAAGGGCAUUUUCGUCUUUUUCUUCCUUUCUCUUGUGCGAUAUCCAUUUUUUCUUUCUCUUUCUUUCUUUUAUUUUUUUUACCAAGUAGGGCCGUGUUCCUACAAUACCAUGAUGGAGAUAUAUGCCCACGCCUUUCUUCUCUACAAAAAAAAAUAAAAAAAAUAGGGUGGCGAUGGGUGUUGUUUGGACAAUAGAGAUUCUUGUGGGGUUUGAUUUUUGGGGGUGGAUUUGUUUGGGGUUUUUGUUUUUGAGUUAAAAUUGAAGAGUGCUGCUCAUGGGACACAUGGCAAUAGUGUAAAUAGUGUGGUCUUUUAUGUCUGUUUUUUUAAAAGGCAUGAGGGUCUCUCACCAUAUUUACUUUUCGGGUUGGUGGGGUUAAGUUUCACUAAAAAAUUACUACUAAUGAGUUGGUUGUGUAAGGAUAGAGAUCAUGUUUGAGACAUCAUCAUUGAAUAUUUGUAAAACUUUGUUUUGCUGUAUUUUAUAUCUGAGAAAUUUGGGAUUGAUGUGAUUUUUUUAAGGAAAA